AUUAAAAAAGAAAAAGGAUGGAAAACGCGUUUUAUCAAAACAGCACACUGUUGAAUGAGUACUUUCUCUUUCUUCUUCCUCUCUAUCUUCGUUUCUUGCUUUCUUUCUCUAAACGGACCCAAAAUUAGGGUUAGGUUUUCGGGAGAAAACCCCUCUUUUUACUCUGAACUAGUGGGAGAGAAGGGUUUUAGGGUUUUGUCUUUGAGGGUUUUGGAGACCCUGUUGGGGGUUCUAAAAUGGGUUCCAUUUGUUUUUCUUCUUCAGUAUUCAAAUGGUACUCUUUUAACAAAUUGAAACUCUUUUAUGUCUUUUUGGUCAUCAAUUUGUCGCUAAAUGGAGUAGUUCUGUGUGAUUCGGACAAAUCGGUGCUGUUAGAGUUCAAGAACUCGGUGUCUGACCCGUCAGGACUGCUCUCUAGCUGGAAUCUGACCAGCCCAAACCACUGCUUUUGGCCUGGUGUGUCCUGCGACAACGACUCUUAUGUCGUGUCACUCAACAUCACGGGACACCGCAACAACAACAGAGGUAAGAACAGUGAAAAUGGAAGUCCUUUCUUUUGCUCUGGUUCUGUUCAGAAUCCACUUUAUGGGUUUGGAAUUAGGCGAGACUGUCAGGUUGGUAACGGUUUUAUUUGGGGUAAAUUGAUACCUGCGAUCGCUAAGUUAACUGAACUUAGGGUUUUAUCAUUGCCCUUCAAUGGGUUUCGUGGGGAGAUACCUCUUGAAAUAUGGCGCAUGCAGAAGUUAGAGGUUCUUGAUCUGGAGGGUAAUAUGGUAACUGGGUCAUUGCCAAUUUCCUUUGCCGGGUUAAGAAACUUGCGGGUUUUAAAUUUAGGAUUCAACAACAUAGGAGGAGAAAUACCGAGUUCACUUUCUUAUUGUACAAAUUUAGAAAUCCUAAAUUUAGCUGGUAACGGCAUUAAUGGCACACUCCCUGCGUUUAUUGGUGGGUUUAGGGGCGUGUAUUUGUCCUUGAAUCAACUCGGUGGGGCAGUGCCUACAGAAUUUGGAGACAAUUGCGAGACCCUUGAGCACUUGGAUUUGUCCGGGAAUUUCUUUGUUGGUGGGAUUCCUGGUAGUCUAGGGAAUUGUGGUAAUUUGAGGACAUUGUUGCUGUAUUCUAAUUUGUUUGAAGAAGUGAUUCCAUCUGAAUUUGGUAUGCUCAGAAAGCUUGAGGUGUUGGAUGUGUCAAGAAAUAGUCUUAGUGGGUCAAUACCUCGCGAGCUUGGAAAAUGCGCGGGGUUGUCUGUGCUUGUGCUUUCAAAUUUUUUUGAUCCAUAUCAUAAUGUUAACAGUUCGAGAGGAGGCUAUUUGUUGGAUCAAUCAGGUUCUGCAAAUGAAGAUUUUAAUUUUUUUCAGGGGGGAAUUCCUGGGGAAAUUGUGACUCUUCCAAACCUGAAGAUGUUGUGGGCACCAGGUGCAACUCUCGAGGGCAACUUGCCAAGUAACUGGGGUGCCUGUGAGAAACUGGAGAUGAUAAAUUUGGCCUUUAACUUUUUCACUAGUGAAAUUCCCCAUGAGUUCAGUCACUGCAGUAAGUUGUGGUAUCUGGACUUGAGUUAUAACCGGCUUAAGGGAGAGCUUGUUAAGGAGCUUCAAGUUCCUUGUAUGGCGGUGUUCGAUGUUAGUGGAAAUUCUCUGUCGGGUACAAUCCCAGUUUUCUACAGUGGCAGUUGCGAAUCAGGUCCUUCCACUUAUGGAUAUUCCUCCAGCAUCUAUGACCCAUCAUCUGCUUAUCUGUCUUUUUUCGCAAAUAAGGCCAAGUCUGGCAGUCCUGUAAAGUCACUUGAGGGAGAUGGUGAAAUAUCAAUAGUUCAUAACUUUGGGGGCAACAAUUUUACUGGUACCCUUCAAUCUAUGCCAAUUGCACCUCUCAGAUUAGAAAAGAAAACUACUUAUGCAUUUUUAGCUGGAGGAAACAAGCUGACAGGGCCAUUCCCAGGGAUUUUGUUUGAGAAGUGCAAUGAAUUGGACAAAUUAAUCCUGAAUGUUAGCAACAAUAGAAUGUCUGGACAGAUUCCAGCUGAUGUUGGUACAAUGUGCAGAUCUCUCACACUUCUGGAUGCGUCUAACAAUCAGAUUACUGGUUUCAUUCCCCCUGGUGUUGGUAAAAUGGUGUCUCUUGUUUCUCUUAACUUGAGUUGGAACCUUUUGCAAGGUCUGAUACCUACCAGUCUCAGCCAAAUAAAGGGCCUGAAGUAUCUUUCAUUGGCUGGUAAUAAAAUGAAUGGUUCUAUCCCUUCUAGCUUGGGUGAGUUGCGGUCUUUGGAGGUUCUGGAUCUUUCUUCAAACAUGCUCUCUGGAGAGAUUCCAAACAGUCUUGUGAACUUGAGAAACCUUACUGCUCUUCUGCUCAAUGACAAUAAACUUUCUGGGCAGAUUCCUUCAGGUUUGGCAAAUGUGACUAUGCUCUCAUCAUUUAAUGUGUCCUUCAACAACUUAUCUGGGUCUCUGCCAUUGAGUAACAAUCUGAUAAAAUGCAGUAGUGUUCUUGGAAACCCUUAUCUACGCCCCUGCCAUGUUUUCUCCCUAACAGUGCCGACUCCAGAUCCAGGAAGUGCUACUGUGGCACAAGGCUACACUGUUUCACCACCAAGUCAGAGCCAAAAGAGUGGGAACAAUGGUUUCAAUUCAAUUGAGAUAGCUUCGAUAGCAUCUGCAUCAGCUAUUGUUUCAGUUCUCCUAGCUUUGAUUGUCUUAUUCUUUUACACCAGAAAAUGGAGCCCAAAGUCCAAAAUUAUGGGAUCCACCAGAAAGGAAGUAACAAUCUUUACAGACAUUGGUGUUCCCUUAACAUUUGAGAAUGUUGUGAGGGCCACUGGAAACUUCAAUGCAAGCAACUGCAUCGGCAAUGGAGGUUUUGGGGCUACUUACAAGGCGGAGAUAUCUCCAGGAGUACUCGUGGCAAUCAAACGUCUAGCUGUUGGACGAUUCCAGGGUAUUCAGCAGUUUCAUGCUGAAAUUAAAACCCUUGGAAGACUCCACCAUCCAAAUCUGGUCACCCUGAUUGGUUAUCAUGCCAGUGAAACAGAAAUGUUCCUCAUAUAUAAUUAUUUACCUGGUGGUAAUUUGGAAAAGUUUAUCCAGGAAAGGUCCACCAGGGCUGCGGAUUGGAGGAUACUUCACAAGAUUGCUUUGGACAUAGCUCGUGCUCUUGCCUACCUGCAUGAUCAGUGUGUACCACGUGUACUUCAUCGCGAUGUCAAGCCCAGCAAUAUUCUUCUAGAUGAUGAUUUCAAUGCCUAUUUAUCUGACUUUGGUUUGGCUAGACUUUUGGGAACUUCUGAGACCCAUGCUACUACGGGUGUGGCUGGAACUUUUGGUUAUGUUGCCCCAGAAUAUGCAAUGACUUGCCGUGUUUCAGAUAAGGCUGAUGUUUACAGUUAUGGGGUUGUGCUUCUAGAGUUACUCUCUGAUAAGAAGGCUUUGGACCCAUCAUUUUCAUCAUUUGGGAAUGGUUUCAACAUUGUUGCUUGGGCAUGCAUGCUCCUAAAACAGGGCCGGGCAAAAGAGUUCUUUACUGCAGGGUUAUGGGAUGCAGGUCCCCAUGAUGAUUUGGUUGAAGUCUUACAUCUAGCAGUUGUUUGCACUGUUGACUCGCUCUCUACCAGGCCUACAAUGAAGCAAGUUGUACGACGGUUGAAGCAACUUCAACCGCCCUCAUGCUAGUUCCAUGAUAAGGUUUGUAUUUGAUUAACGUAGUAAUUUUAUAGAAGGUGAAAGCCCCCAUUGUAAUUUAUGCGCUCUCGUUUCUCAUUGGGGCUGCCCUAGGUAGAGUCCAACUGUAUUUAUUCCCACUUGUAAAUUGUAAUAUAGUUUUGCCUCCAAUUUUUGGAUGAUGUUUCCCUGAGGAGGGGGUGAGUGAUGAAUCUGCUGAAGAAUGCAGAUGUUAACUAAUGCCAUGCUGUAUACUGUGCAUCACAGUGUCAUUUGUUUAAUAAAGCCGUAGAACAGAGGGGUUUCUUUGGAAA